CUAGAACCCACGCGGAGGAAGGAAGAGACGCAGGCAGGCUGCGGUGACUCAAGCGGCCGACCCUGCCUCAGGGACCCCUUCCCAGAGAGACAGCACCAUGACCCAGGGAAAGCUCUCAGUGGCUAACAAGGCCCCCGGGACCGAGGGGCAACCGCAGGCAAAUGGUGAGAAGAAGGAGACUCCUCCAGCAGUGCCCUCGGCCCCGCCCUCCUAUGAGGAGGCCACCUCUGGGGAGGGGCUGAAGGCGGGGGCCUUCCCCCCAGGCCCCACAGCUGUGCCUCUCCAUCCCAGCUGGGCCUAUGUGGACCCCAGCAGUUCCAACUAUGAGAGUGGUUUCCCUUCUGGAGGCCUCGAGCGCUUCACUACCUUCAGUUGGGAUGACCAGAAAGUUCGCCGAGUCUUCAUCAGAAAGGUCUACACCAUCCUGCUGAUCCAGUUGCUGGUGACCUUGGGUGUUGUGGCUCUCUUUACCUUCUGUGAUCCCGUCAAGAGCUAUGUCCAGGCCAACCCAGGCUGGUACUGGGCAUCCUACGCUGUGUUCUUUGUGACAUACCUGACCCUGGCCUGCUGCUCUGGACCCAGGAGGCAUUUCCCCUGGAACCUGAUUCUUCUGACCGUCUUUACACUGUCCAUGGCCUACCUCACUGGGAUGUUGUCCAGUUACUACAACACCAUGUCUGUGCUGCUGUGCCUGGGUAUCACGGCCCUUGUCUGCCUCUCAGUCACCAUGUUCAGCUUCCAGACCAAGUUUGACUUCACUUCCUGCCAGGGUGUGCUCUUUGUGCUGCUUAUGACUCUCUUCUUCAGUGGGCUCAUUCUCGCCAUUCUCCUGCCCUUCCAAUAUGUCCCCUGGCUCCAUGCAGUGUACGCAGUGCUGGGUGCAGGCGUGUUUACAUUGUUCCUGGCAUUUGACACCCAAUUGCUGAUGGGCAACCGCCGCCACUCGCUGAGCCCCGAGGAGUACAUUUUUGGAGCCCUCAACAUUUACCUAGACAUUAUCUAUAUCUUCACCUUCUUCCUGCAGAUUUUUGGCACCAACAGGGAUUGAGGAGCCCUCCCCACCCCCGCCUUCCUCCAGAGAAUGCCCCUUUCCUGGUCCUCUGACCCUCCUCCUGCUCCUGCAAGUCCAGAUACAAAACUAGCUGCCAGCCCAGCCCGAGACCAGAGCUCACUCCCUGCAGCCCACCUCUUAUCUGCACCCUGAAGCUUGUACAUAUGCCAUCGGGGGCCAGGUCACAUCAGCCCCGCCCCCCAAUUACAUCUCCCAAUCUGGGACUGUCGAGACUGGUGACUUGCUGCCAUCUGCUCCUCUGGGUUUGAGGACCCGAGGGUGAGUGGGAGGAGCCCAGCAAAACCCUAGAUGUAGGAAAGAGACCCCAGGAGUCUGGCUGAGACCUCCACCCCCACCAAGAUUCCUCCUAAGGCUGCCUUGGGGCAAACUGUUGCAUGUCCAAUUUACCUCCUCCCUUUGUCCCUGCUAGGUCAGGCACUGACACUUUGUAAGGAGGAGGGGAAUGGCUGGAAGAAGAGGGGAGGGUGCUCUGUUGGGGGAGGAUGUGGGGGUGUGUGGGUGGACCCAGUGGCUGCCCACCCUCUCUCAUCUCUGGUGGGGGAGCAGCAGGAAGUCAGUGCCACCCGACAUGGCUUACCCUCCGUGUCAGACACAGCACUGUUGGGACAGGAGGUGGGGGCAGUAGACCCUACUCGUAAGUGUGGGCUUGCCUGGGGCCCUGAGGGAGGUGUGGGCAGCACAGCCGGCUGGGAGGCCUGGGUUCUGCACUGAGGCCCAUCCACCUGGGAGGCCUUGCGGUUGCAGGACUGAGACCUGCAUCCUUUCACCCUCUUCUCUGGACCCCCAGGCUGCUCUCACAGGUCUGAGGCUGAGUGAGGUGUGCUUGGUCCCUAGAGGGCUGGAUGUUCCUGGGGGUGGGGCCUUGCCACCUGCUGGGCCACCCCAUCUAGAGGGUACCCUGCCCUGCCCACAGUCCUUGCCAAGACUGUGCUGGGCCCUUUCUGCAAUCUUACUUCCUGAACCCCCACCCCCACCUGCUGCCAUUUGCUGGCUUAUCCCCUGCCAGGCCUCCUGAGGCCUCAACUGGCAGUGCCCACAUUCCUGCCCCCAGCUUUCCUGGCCACUGGGCCCAGAGUCCCUAACCCCCUUGACUCCUUAUCUCUUCAUCUCCCAGUUUGGAAGCUGACCAGCUAAUGUUAACAGCCAGGGCCAAUCCCUCCAGCUGGUCCCAUGUGAUGAGGCUGGGGUUCCUUAUCAGCCUCCAGGCGGCUGGGAUCUCAGGUAGGGUGUGCGUCAGCCACCCAACCCUCCACGGGCGCCAACGGGGAGGGAACCAGGGGCCAUGCCGUGCCUGGGAGGAGCGUGCAGCCAGCACGUGCAGCCGGCUCUGAGCCAGUGGAAAUUUACUGGGUGGAGACAGGGAAGCUUCCGGUGGAUACCAUGACCUCCCACGGCCUCUCCCUCAGGGCUAUCCUCUCACCUCCCUAUGCUGGGGGCUCUUUGCCCCUGGGGAGGGUGACUAGGUAUGUUAUCUGUCUGUUCCCUGCCCCACCCCUCCCCGUCUGUCCUAUUUCUGGCUUUCAAGAAAUAUUGCUGAAGCACUUGAAGUUUUGUUCCAUACUGGGUAUUUGUGGAGAGAAGGAACAUAGAUGGGGGUGGGGCGGGAAGGAACUAUGAGAUCAAGGCAAGGAUGAGCACGGUGGGCUGCCCACUGGAUGCUGGUCUAAAUUAACCCAUUACAGCAAUCUUGGAGUCAGCCCUCUGUGUAUGCUUGUUGCAGAGGAGAAAACUGAGGAGCUCAGGUUUGGUAACAAGUCCAAGGUCAAUACCAGCUAAUCAUCUGGGACUCAGACCCACAGCUGCCUGACUCAAAAGACAGGCCUCUUGACCCCCAGAAGAGAUAGGGCUGGAAUGAGCUGCUUGGGAGCCUGGAGAGCUGGGGGGUUAGGCCUAGGGUCUCUGAGGAUUUGUCCCCAGUGCCACCCCUGGCCUCCCACCUCUCCCUCCCCAGGUUUUGCACUCUGAAGUUUCCACCCUCUGGACAUAGGCUCUUUGGGUGGGACAUAGGCUUCUUGUGAUUGUUAUGUGCUGACUUAUAGCGACCCUACAGGACAGGGUAGAACUGCCCCAUAGGGUUUCCAAGGAGUGGGUGGUGGAUUCAAAUUGCCGACCUUUUGGUUAGCAGCCCAGCUCUUAACCAUUGCACUACCAGGGCUCUAGGAGGCAGGUUUUCUGGUUUCUGAUUCCCAUUCUCGCUGGCUGCAGGCGCAUGGUAUUAGGCAAAUGUCUCUCACUAUUUGUGAUUCUGUUUUCCUGUCAGUGAGGUGGAAGACUAUGGCCAGAGUGGAAGUGGGGGGAGGAGGGGGCAACACACUUCUUUCCACUGACUUCUUUGCCCAGUUGCCACCUCUCCUCUGAGGCCUCCUUUGUUCCCCCUCAUCCCUGGCCCCAGUUCUCAAGGGGUUACCUCUCCCUGCCCUGCUACUCCCAGCCUGGGCCCUGGUCAUUCAUCCCAGAAUCCACUUCUCCAAGUCUGCCUCUUCCGGGGAUACUUUAUACAGAAACUGGGGAUUGAGAAGCUUAUCCAAGGCUGAACUCCAAAAGCCUGGGGGAGGGGGCAAUCCCUUGGCAAUAAACAAUUAGACCAGAGCUCUGAUCCUGGCCAUCUGAAAGAGGGCUCCUUUGCAGCGAUGGGAAGGCCAGCAGAGUCUGUUAAAGAUAUGCUGGGUCCAGAAAGGGGUCCAGGGCACCCCUCAGCUGGCAGCAGAGCCAAGGCUCCUGCGUCCCACCUCCAGUGCAGGAAGUGAGAAGGCACAGAAACACAUGAAUGGGUCUUGGAAGGAGGAAGGGUGGAGGAACAGGAAUGCAGGGUCAUGAGAAACUGAAGCUGGGCAGGUACCACAGGCUAUAGGGGAGGAGGGGAGUUAGCUGGCCUCUCACAUUUUUGGCAGGGGUGGGACUGGGCCUGGGAAGUGGUAGGUUGGAUUUUAAGCUAGAGGCAGCCAGGAAUUUGACCAUCUUUGAUGUGAGGCUGGUGGUCUCCUGUUGAGGGGGAGACAGAUGAGUUCCUCUCCUAGGGGCUGUAGAUUAGGGGCUGAGGAGGCACGUGGAAGUCCCUGAAUUCCCCCUAUUAAUUCCCGGGCACAUGUGUGGCUCCUUCUGUAUCAUCUGGGGGAAACUCCAAGAAUCCUGUUCUUCUGUCCCCUGCUCUUCCUCUCACAGGAGUCGAGGACAGACACCCUCGUUCCAAAAGACUCUACCCCUCUCCUUCCCUGGACCUCCUGGGGCAAGUCCCAGGUGUCUGUCAGUUUUCAAGGGUGGGUUGAGAUUUUGCACAAGCACUUUGCUGCCCCCCUCUGGCUAUUUCAGGAAAAGCAGGGCCUGUUCCUGUGGGAGAGAAACUGAGAGGUGGAUGGCCCAGGAGUUGGGGACCGGAUGUGGCCGCCAGCUUUUUCUUUCCCAAUUCUUCUCUGACUUUCCCAGACAGCUCUGCUCAUCAGCCACUGGCUGUUCCAUUUGGUCGAACGAUUGUUGCAUCCCCUGACACUGUUUACUUUGUGGGCUGCUCAGAACUACCCUGCUGCAACGUUCCCUCCCAAGCUGCUCUCCUGAGGGCCUGAGAGCAGAGAUAUACCACCAGGGACAGGUCUUGUCUGCCAUACCCCCAGUUAAAACUUCUCUUGUUCUGGUCUCAGCUCCCACAAGGUUCCCAGGGUUCUGUGUCUGUCCCCUUCCUUGGCCUCACCUCCAGGGGUCUGUGGCUGCCUGGAGAUAAGAAUAAAAGUAAUGAUGACACCUGAGCCAUUUCCUGUGCCUUCUUUUGCUCGUCACUGGGUAAACUUCCGAUGGUUCAUGCAGUCUG